GCACUCGGUGCAUUUAGCGCAAUGGAAAAAGGAAUAUUCGUGAGUUGCUCUGCUGGAAACAGCGGUCCAUUCAAUUUUUCAUUGUCAAACGAGGCCCCAUGGAUUCUCACGGUUGGUGCAAGCACUAUUGAUAGAAAACUAAGAGCUGUUGCUGUGCUAGGGAAUAACGAGGAGCUCGAAGGUGAAUCAGCAUUUCAGCCUAAAGAUUUCCCUUCAAUGCAAUUGCCUAUUGUUUACCCUGGAUUGAACAUUAGUGAUUUUAGAGCCGCGUAUUGCACUCCAAGUUCGUUGAAUAAUACUGAUGUCAAAGGAAAGAUAGUCCUUUGCGAAAUAGGUGGUGGGACAACAAGAAUUGCCAAAGGACAAGCAGUGAAGAAUGCCGGUGGCAUAGCCAUGAUUCUUCUUAACAUAGAGCGCCAAGGCUUUAGUACAGCAGCUGACUCUCAUGUUCUUCCAGCUACAAAUGUCAAUUAUGAAGGCACACAAAAGAUUAUAGCAUAUAUAAAUUCGACAUCCACUCCAACAGCAACAAUAGUGUUCAAAGGAACAGUAAUUGGCGAUAAAAGUGCUCCUAUGGUGGCUUCAUUUUCUUCCAGAGGUCCCAGUCGCGAGAGCCCUGGAAUCUUGAAACCUGACAUCAUAGGCCCCGGUGUUAACAUUCUUGCUGCGUGGCCUAUCUCUGUAGAAAAUAAUUCCAAUACAAAAUCGACAUUCAACAUAAUUUCUGGUACCUCUAUGUCAUGCCCACACCUCAGUGGUAUAGUGGCAUUGCUCAAAAGCACACACCCGGAUUGGUCCCCUGCCGCCAUUAAGUCAGCAAUCAUGACUAGCGCCGAUAUUGUGAACCUCAGUGAUACUCUCAUUGAAGACGAGAGGCUCGUUCCAGCUAACAUUUUUGCUACCGGAGCUGGCCAUGUCAACCCUUCGAAGGCAAAUGAUCCGGGGCUGAUUUAUGACAUUGAACCUCGAGACUACAUUCCUUAUCUAUGUGGUUUGAAUUACACAAACCGACAUAUAAGUGUGAUUUUACAACGUAAGGUAAAUUGCUCGGUGGAAUCAAGCAUAUUGGAAGGGCAACUGAACUAUCCAUCAUUUUCCAUCAUGUUCGGAUCAUCUAGUCAGACAUAUACAAGGACAAUGACAAACGUUGGCGAGGCCAAUGCAACAUACACCGUCAAUAUUGUUCCACCUCAAGGCGUGAGUGUGACUGUCAAACCUCCUACUCUCAAUUUCUCAGAUUUGAACCAAAAGUUGACAUAUGAAGUUACAUUUAGAAGAUUAGACACUGCUUCUAACACUACCAACUCUCAUGGAUAUCUUUUAUGGAAGUCAUCUAAACAUUCCGUGAGGAGCCCUGUUGCCGUGUUUGAGACAAAAUUGUAGGAUUGCAGUUUCGCUCUCUAAUUUUCUUCAGUGAAUUUGUGUAAUUUAUAUUUCUUGAUUCGUAAAGGUUUAACGAGCUUUUAGGCUCUUCAUGUGUUGAAUAAAUUUGUAUCUUACCAGACAUCAAAGAUCAAUAGUCUAUCUUCUUUCUUUUAUCUUCA